CGGGGACACGCGCCUGCGCUGUAGCCAGAGAGCGGUCCAGGAAGGUGGACCGGCCAGGACUCGGUUGAGAGCGCUAUGCCCUCGCGCGGAAGGGGUAGAAGCACCGGCCACACCCGAGGUUCAAGGGUAAAGCGUCAGUGCCCAGAGCCAGAGUCUGAAAAGAGUGAGGCAGCCUCACCUACCCUCUUAUUUCGUUGGCAAUGGGAAGACUCAGAGGGUGUCUGGCGCUGGCACUCUUCUGCUCAGGAUAUGGAGAUCACAGAGGCUUUCAGGAAAGGAAAUGCUUUGGUAAAUAUCUUAUCAGAGAGUGGAAACAUGAAGCUUCAGAUAGACUUCAAGAAGAUGGUCCAGAGGAAUUCAAAGACAAGGACUGAGAGGAGGAUUGCUGUUGCCAUCAAGGAACAGAGCUCCUAUUUUAUUUGGCAGUGGCAGAGUGACGAGGAAGAUGACUGGAUCCCAUAUGACGCUAAAACUUGCCUGGCUCUGGAGGCAGCUCUAGCAGAAAGCAAUGAGUCGAAGAUAGAUGUGAUGUUUGGCCGAAAACAUUAUACUCUGGAUCUGGGCAACAUGGUACAAACCAAUUGCAAAAGUGGAUACCAGCGCAGAAUAGAGCGCCGACCUUCAGUGGCUGUGGAGUUGACUGAAGCUAAUGGAGGCAGUACUAGAAACAAAUCCAGUGCCUUAUCUAUGGAAUGCCCUUCUGAAGCCAAGAAAGCCCGAGGUGAAUUCGUGGUACAAGGAGUGAAACAAGCGCUUGCAGCAGAAGAUGCUGAGAAGAAUGACACAAACAGAGAGAACAAAGUAGUGAAGACCUUGUUACUGAAGGGCAAAGCUCCAGUGGAUCCGGAGUGUAAGGUUAAGGUGGGAAAGGCCCACGUGUACUGUGAAGGGGGUGAUGUGUAUGAUGUUAUGCUGAACCAGACCAAUCUCCAGUUCAACAAUAACAAGUAUUAUAUCAUCCAAUUGCUGGAAGAUGAUGGACAGAAAAACUUUAGUGUCUGGAUGAGAUGGGGCCGAGUUGGGAAGGUUGGACAGCACAAUUUGGUGACCUGUUCUGGGGACCUCAACAAAGCCAAGGAAAUAUUUCAGAAGAAAUUUUUUGACAAAACAAAGAAUAGUUGGGAAGAUCGUGGCAGCUUUGAGAAAGUCCCUGGGAAAUAUGAUAUGCUGCAGAUGGACUAUACAACCAAUACUCAGGGUGAAGAAGAAUCAAAGGAAGGGACAUUUGCUCCCAUUUCACCUCCCAAAGUAGAGUGUCAGCUAGAGCUUCCAGUCCAAGAGUUGAUGGAGUUGAUUUGCAACAUUCAGACCAUGGAAGAAAUGAUGGUGGAGAUGAAGUAUGAUAUCAAAAAAGCCCCACUGGGGAAGCUGACGGUGGCACAAAUCAAGGCAGGUUACCAGUCACUUAAGAAGAUAGAAGAUUGCAUCCGGUCUGGUCGCAGUGGGCGAAUCCUGGUGGAAGCAUGUAAUGAGUUCUAUACCAGGAUCCCACAUGACUUUGGGCUCCACACUCCACCACUAAUCCGAACAGAGCAAGAAUUGAAAGAUAAGAUACAGCUUUUGGAGGUGAGAGAUGUGUGCGUUGAUGGAUGUCCUACUUCAUUUAGCUUUAUUAGCCCUGGGAUUCAUCUCUCACUGCUAUCUAUCUUAUACCUUCAGGCACUGGGAGACAUUGAAAUUGCUAUCAAGCUGGUGAAGACAGAGCUGAAGACCCCAGAGCACCCACUGGACCAGCAUUAUAGAAACCUGCAUUGUGCUCUUCACCCCCUGGACUAUUCCUGCCAUGAAUUCAAAGUGAUCUCGGAAUAUCUACAUUCUACCCAUGCUCCUACUCAUAAUGACUAUACUAUGACCUUGCUUGAUGUCUUCGAAGUGGAGAAAGAGGGUGAGAACGAAGCCUUCAAGAAGGAUCUUCCCAACAGGAUGCUGUUGUGGCAUGGUUCUCGAUUGGGUAACUGGGUGGGAAUCCUAAGCCAUGGACUUCGCAUUGCUCCACCAGAAGCUCCCAUCACAGGCUACAUGUUUGGAAAAGGAAUAUACUUUGCUGACAUGUCCUCCAAGAGUGCCAACUACUGCUUUGCCUCACGCCUGAAGGAUGUUGGGCUGCUGCUGCUAUCAGAGGUAGCUCUGGGUGAAUAUAAUGAGCUGCUGGAGGCCAAUCCUGAAGCAGCAGGACUGCUACAGGGCAAACACAGUACCAAGGGGAUGGGCAAGAUGGCUCCCAAUCCCUCCCAUUAUGUUACUCUGAAUGGAACCACAGUGCCCCUAGGACCAGCAAGUAACACAGGAGUUCUGAACCCACAGGGCUAUACCCUCAAUUACAAUGAAUUCAUUGUCUAUGACCCUAGCCAGGUUCGUAUGCGAUACCUGCUAAAAAUUCGAUUCAACUUCCCCCAGCUCUGGUGAGGGUCCCAAGAUCAUUUGUUUUCUGCCCUCUUCAGGUUAGCUCACCAGUGACGAAUCAGACAAUAUAGAACUUGUGAUUUUGCUGAUAUUUUUGUAUAAUAAAUAUAUUGAAAAGCUG